CAUUUUAGGUGUUGGAGCUGAGCGAGGGGGGGGGGAAGCGAGAGAAAGGUCCCGCAGGAAAAGGAGGUGGGGAAAGGAUUGGUACCUCGCCGCCUUGCUUUUCUUCGUCUUUUCUUCGUCUAGGGACAAAAAGCCGUCUGGUCCAAAGCAGUCUGUGCGAAGUUGUCAACCUGAAUGAUUAAAGGAAUUGCGAGAGGAGCGGUUGGGUCGGCGACAAAAGCCUGCCUGGAGAAAAAACGUUGCCUUUUUUCCUUUCUCCUUUACUCUCCCUCUCUUGUUUUAAACCUUCAAGGGAAGAAGUAAAACUUGCUUAGUUAGCACUCACGGAAGGGCUGCGCGAUUGUAGGAGGAGGAAGAGAACAAAAAGGACAAAGCCUUUUCCCUCCUGCUUCCUUGCUGUUGGUGGCUGGGCUACUUCUCCCAUGAUUUUCUGCACUUAGACCAGGCUGUGCCUUAACCAGUCAAAUCAGACCAGCCUUCCUGCACAGUGAGGGGCUCCUUCUCGCCCCUCCAACCCCCUUUCUGUGUGACGUCAGUUCCCACAAACCCCGUGGCAUCUCCUUGCCUUGCACCCAUUCUCCCCCUGCACGGGGCCUUCACAACCAUGGAUGACUCGGAAGUGGAGUCGACGGCCAGUAUACUGGCCUCCGUCAAAGAGCAGGAGGCACAGUUUGAGAAGCUGACACGGGCACUGGAGGAAGAACGGCGCCAUGUCUCUGCACAGCUGGAGCGCGUCCGUGUCUCCCCACAGGAUGCUAGCCAGACCAUGGCCAACGGCACCCUCACACGCCGGCACCAGAACGGCCGUUUUUUGGGCAAUGCUGACCUGGAGAGGCAGAAAUUCUCAGAACUGAAACUCAACGGACCACAGGACCACAGUCACCUGAUAUACAGCACCAUUCCCAGGAUGCAGGACCCAGGCCAGAUUGUGGAAGAGACUUACACCAUGGAGGAGGACCCAGAGGGUGCCAUGUCAGUUGUGUCAGUAGAGACCUCAGAUGAUGGGACAACCCGCCGUACGGAGACCACGGUGAAAAAAGUAGUGAAGACCAUGACCACACGCACUGUACAGCAAGUUCCUGUCGGUCCAGAUGGGUUACCUGCGGAUGGCUCUCCAGUCACCAACAACUACAUCCAGACCAUAGAUAGGAACUUCCGGAAAAACACCAACGGUGGCCCUGGUGCCUACAUGAGCCAGCCAGGCACGGCCACCCUCCCACGAAAUUACCACUAUCCAGAUGGUUAUGGCCGCCCAUACGAGGAUGGCUAUCAUGGCAGCGAACAUAACUACGGCAGCCUGUCCCGUGUGACCCGGAUUGAUGAGCGCUACCGUCCCUCCAUGGAUGGCUACCGGGCGACCAGCCGGCAGGAUGUCUAUGGCCCUCAGCCGCAGGUGCGGGUAGGGGGAAGCAACAUGGACUUGAAUCGCUUCCAUGCUGAGCCUUAUGGGCUAGAAGAUGACCAGCGUAGCAUGGGAUGUGAUGACCUGGAUUAUGGCACAAUGCAAGACUAUGGUACAGCCCGGCGGACUGGAACACCCUCCGAUCAUCGUCCGAGACUCAGGAGUUAUGAGGACAUGUUGGUGGAUGACAUGGCUAGAGACCAGUAUUACUGGGCCCCUCUGGCCCAGCAUGAAAGGGGCAGCUUAGCAAGCCUGGACAGCUUGCGGAAGGGAGGCCCAGGAGCAGCCAACUGGCGCCAGCCAGAGCUUCCUGAGGUCAUAGCCAUGCUGGGGUUUCGUCUGGAUGCUGUGAAGUCUAAUGCUGCCGCCUACCUGCAGCACUUGUGCUACCGCAAUGACAAGGUGAAAACGGAGGUGCGCAAGCUGAAGGGCAUUCCUGUGUUAGUGGGACUGCUGGACCACCCCAAGAAGGAGGUGCACUAUGGAGCUUGUGGGGCCCUCAAGAACAUCUCCUUUGGCCGGGACCAGGACAACAAAAUUGCCAUCAAAAACUGCGACGGUGUCCCUGCUCUGGUGCGUUUGCUGCGGAAGGCACGUGACAUGGACCUCACAGAAGUCAUUACAGGAACACUGUGGAACCUUUCCUCUCAUGACUCCAUCAAGAUGGCCAUCGUGGACAACGCCUUACAUGCCCUCACCGACGAGGUUAUCAUUCCACGCUCAGGAUGGGAGAGGGAGCCCAGCGAGGAUUCAAAGCCCCGCCACAUAGAGUGGGAGUCGGUGCUCACAAACACCAUUGGCUGCCUUAGAAACGUCAGCUCAGAGAGGAGUGAAGCCCGCCGGAAGCUGCGAGAGUGCGACGGGCUAGUGGAUGCCCUUAUCUGCAUUGUCCAAGCAGAGAUUGGCCAGAAAGAUUUAGACAGCAAGCUUGUGGAAAACUGUGUCUGCCUCCUGAGGAACCUCUCCUACCAGGUGCACCGUGAGAUCCCCCAUGCAGAGCGCUAUCAGGAAGCCCCACUUGCUGCCCCCAACAACACUGGACCCCAUGCAGCCAGCUGCUUUGGUGCCAAAAAGGGCAAAGAUGAAUGGUUCGCAAGAGGUAAAAAAACAGCCGAGGAUACUUCUGCUGAUGUAGUUGAUUUUCCCAAAAGACAAACCCCUGCAAAAGGAUAUGAGCUCCUUUUCCAGCCAGAGAUUGUUCGUAUCUAUAUCUCACUGUUGAAGGAGAGCAAAACCCAGGCUAUCUUAGAAGCUUCAGCGGGAGCCAUCCAGAAUCUGUGUGCAGGUCGUUGGACGUACGGGCGCUACAUUCGCUCCGCCUUGCGCCAGGAGAAAGGCCUCUCUGCCGUCGCUGACCUUCUGACCCAUGAUAGUGAGCGUGUGGUGAAAGCUGCAUCUGGAGCGCUGCGCAACCUGGCAGUGGAUUCCCGUAACAAAGAGCUGAUAGGUAAACAUGCCAUUCCUAGUUUAGUGAAGAAUUUGCCAGGGGGUCAACAGAUGCCGGUGAAGAACCACUCUGAAGAUACCGUGGUCUCAGUGCUGAACACUAUAAAUGAGGUUAUUGUGGAAAACUUGGAAGCAGCGAAGAAACUGCGGGAGACGCAAGGCAUUGAGAAACUGGUGCUGAUCAACAAAUCUGGGAACCGCUCGGAAAGAGAAGUCAGAGCAGCUGCUCUUGUAUUGCAAACCAUCUGGGGGUAUAAAGAGUUACGGAAGCCGCUGGAGAAAGAAGGGUGGAAGAAGGCUGACUUCCAGGUGCAUCCGAAUACCAUCUCCAGGAACCAGGGGGGCAACUCCUUCGAUGACAGCACCUUGCCUCUCAUUGAUAAGAACCAAAAAGGAGACAAGAAAUCCUCUCGAGAGGAGAUCCAGAUGGGCAACAUGGGACCAGACAACUACUCAACACUGAAUGAACGGGAACAUAAUAGGACAUUGGACCGAUCUGGAGAAGAAAUGGAAUCUGUGAAGGGAGCACCACUGAUGCAGAAGAUCUAGAGUUGCCACCAUCUGCCUUCUCUGUUUUGAGUUUAUAACAUAAUAUGUAUAACCCUUUGUGGUGAAAUGGACUGACACUUUUUUUAAUCUCUUGGCACGCGAGUCCAGCCACCCUGCCAAAAUGACUGGCCCCCCCUUGAGCCCAGAGCGCCUCACACCUCCCUGUAGAUGGCUGUGCAUCCAACCUCUGGACACUUUUUUGUCUAUAUUUUUCAAAAAUGCAAGAAUUCCUCAAGACCAAAUACUCCUGACAGAUCUCAUUAGAGCGACCAAGGCAGACACGUAAAGCUACACGCUUCUGCUGUAUCCACAGCCAAUGAUGGAGGCCAUGGGUGCAGGCUCCACUGAACUCGACCUUACUGGAACUAGUUUUUCUCAAGGAGAUGUGUCCAGCUCUCUUCACAGAGAAGUGGAAUGGGAGCUCAUCUCCUCCUCCUCUUAGCCUAUAGAAUAUAUUUUUGUGUGUGAUUUCAUUUUUUUGCAGCAAAGGAUGCUGGGAAUACUGGAACAUUCCUGGUGGGGGUGGUGGGGAUGGUGAUGAGGGAGGGGCAGAGGGUGGGAGAUGACAAAGGAGGGAACAGCUUGUGAGUGGCCACAUCUGGGUAAUCUGGGGGCAAGAUGGCCUUAAAGAGUGCUUCUGUGAAGGCACGGCCUUCUGUAUCCUCGUCAGCUGAGGAAGAAUGUGUUCAUCUUCAUCUGGUUUCUCCCGUUUCUUAGUUAUUCUCGAUGGUUUAGUCUGACGUGGGUUAACUUGGCGUUUAGGAAGCUAUUUAUUUGUGGGAGAAGAGCAGCUUAUGGGGUGUAGGGUUUGAUGGAAGGAGAAGAAGACGAGUAUGUUAAAUGGAAGACGUGUGGCUGAAGGGGCCUAAGUUUUCAAACUUCAAGGUGGCAAGUUCAACAUUCUGUCAGAGAGGACAAAUGAGGCAUCUGGUUUGGAUUGCUGUUGGAUGAUUUGGACUUAAGUGGUUGUUGCCGAUGCUGGAGUGCAGGGUGGGGGGCUGAUGAAGUGGGAAGCUUGGUGAUGCUGAGAGCAUGUGAGGGAGGGAAGGCAAGAUCUCUGUAAAUAUUGUCCAGAUCCUCCCAUGCUGGCAGGGGAAUGAAACAGAUAACCACCUGUCCCUAUCUACACGUGCCUUUCUUUGCCACUGUGAAAUAGCUUGGUGCUUUUCCUAGUUUUGAGAGGGGAAGGUAGAGCACCUGGACUGGAGAGAGAGGUUUUGGGCACAGAGUUACACUCCUGCUCUCCCCUAACUCCUUGCCUGGGAACCAAAAGUUGGCUAUCCUUACCUGGAAUAGUGGUGCUCAGAAUGCUAUUACCAGUAGGUGAGUUGGGGAGUCCAGGAGCUCACCUGGUGACUAGUAAAGGCUCACGGGGCCAGGAAGGGAGCGGUGAAAUCCCUGUUGGACGAGGAUCAUGGUGUGCACCUUCACAGCUCCCCUCUUCAGGGAACAAAACGAAUUUAGGGUCCACUUCCAGAUCUGUGUCCUACUCUUCAGGGCUGCAGGAAAGGGGACAGUAGUGAGCAGCUCUGGACACCACAUUGGUUUCUGCCCCUUUCCUGCUGAAGAGGACCUGCCAACUCCCACCCAUCCCAGCCUCAAAGCCCUGCCCUUGGCCCAGUAACUGGAACAAACUCUGUUGCCCUUGACUUCUGGGAUUGUCUCCACACAAACAGUCCAGAGGGAAGGCCUGACGGGGAAGAUUCUUGGUGCCUCUGUAUUAUGCUCAAUCCCAGUUUUACUUUCCUCUAGGGGGAGUGGGAGGAAUUAGACAUGUAAAUCAGCUUUCUGAGGGGGGAGGCACUCAACUUUUCUAAUGUAAAACACUAUUUCCUUUUUUUAAUUCAAGUUGAACCAAAAACAACAACAACAACCCUUCCCCACUGACCAGUUCAAUGCUGUAGGACAGCCUUCCUCAUUUUGGUGCCUUCCACAUGCGUUUGGCUGCAAUUCCCAGGAUUCCCUGGACAGCAUGGCUACUUAGGGAUGCUGGGAGAUGUAUGCAAACACAUCUGGAGGGCAUCAGGUUGAAGGGAUCCUGUUAUAGGAGGAACUAUUAAUUCACUGAUGGUUGUUUGGUUUUAUUGCUUUUCCUUUGCACCCCCAGGGGGAGGGGGUAUCCUGCUGUUCUUUGAGUCUUGCGCUCACUCUGUAAUGCUUUUAAAAUGAAAUGAUUUUUAUAUAAAUAAAGUUUUAAAGUGUGUAUUUGUUAAAAUGUAAUUGUCUUAUCCAAA